AUGGACACAGAAAAAGCCCGAAGCCCUUCAAGUGUCGAACGGCCGCCUUCCCCUGACACUUAUUCGGUCUUUACCCGGACCGAGAAGCGCUGCAUAACGGCCAUGGUGGCAUACGCCGCCGCUUUCUCGACGCUGAGCAGCUUCAUCUACUUCCCUGCGCUGACGCAGCUUGCCGAGUCGUUGUCAGUGUCCAUCGAUGCCAUAAAUCUCACAAUAACCUCGUACAUGGCCGUCGCCACCGUGGCGCCGACGCUGCUGGGCGACGCUGCCGACAUCCUGGGCCGGAGGCCGGCUUGCGUGCUUUCACUGAGCCUCUACGUGGUCACGAACUUGGCGACGGCCCUGUCGAGAUCAUACGUGGCGCUGCUUGUUCUUCGGCUGUUUCAGGCUUUUGCGAUUUCUGGGCCCGUACUGGGAGGAGGCCUGGCCCACGCUGCCGGUUGGCCCUGGAUCUUCUGGUUCCUCUGCAUCUCGGCCUCGCUCAGCCUGGUCCUGAUCCUGCUCUUCCUCCCGGAGACCUCGCGGAACAUUGUCGGCAACGGCUCGACCAAACCGCCCCGGCACCUGCGACCCCCGAUUGGUGGGCAUCUCAUGCAGCACUGGAAGGACGACGAUGACGACGACAAAAGCAGCGGCAGCGACGAGCCGCCGUCGUCACGGACGAUGCCGAACCCGCUUCGCUCACUCGGGAUCCUGGCGCGCCGGGAUAACGCGGUCGUGAUGCUGGCGUGCGGGCUCCUGUACGCCGUCUACACAUGCGUCUGCGCCUCGCUGUCGGUGCUGUUUGUCGACCUGUACGCCCUCGAUCAGCUGCAGGCCGGCCUCAUCUACCUCCCCUUUGGGCUUGGCGGCACCGCAUCCACUUUCAUCUGCGGCCCGCUGCUGAACCGGGCGUACCGGCGGGUGAGAGACGGCUGUGGCGGUGGUGGCCUCGAGGCCGAGGCGCUGGGCCGCCACGUCGCUGAUGACCUGGAUAUGUUUCCGGUCGAGAGGGCUCGGCUGGGAGUCGUCUGGCUGCCCAUGGCGGUGUCGACUGUUUCCGUGGUUGCUUUUGGCUGGACGGUGCAUUUCCGCACGUUCAUUCUAGGGCUGGCAAUGCAACUCAGUUUCAGUAUCUACAAUACACUGCUCGUUGACAAGAACCACAGGACGCCGGCGGCAGCCCAAGCGUCUUCUAACAUCAUUCGCUGCGCUCUAGCCGCCAUAGUGGUGGCAUUUCUCCAAAACAUACUUGUCGCACUGGGCGUUGGGUUGACCUUUAUGCUCAUGGGUGGAUGGUGCGUCUUGAUCAUGGCUCUGUUCUUUUUGGAUUAUCACAAGGGCAUGGCUUGGAGAACGGCGUCUAAAAGAUGGGUUUAA